CAAAUUUUGAUGCAGUAGCAUCAACCGUCUUUGUUGGCAGCAGUUUAGUACUAGCAUUUGUUUGUGUCGUAUUGGUCGCUUGAGAUCCUUGGGUUCUGGCUUGAUAUCUAAAUACUUAAAACCGCAAUAAAAAUGUCUGACGAAGAAGUCCAAACAAAAAAAGGUCGCAAAACUGCAGCAGAAAGUACGAAACGUCCAAAGAAGGAAGCAAAAUCUUCUGAGCCUAAAGAUGAUGGCGAUGCACCUCCAGUCAAAAGAGGCCGUGGAAGACCCAAGGGAUCUACUAAGAAAAAGACUGAAACAAAGGCUAGGGCAAAUGGAGUUGGACGGCGCGGUAGAUCUAAAAAGGAAAAGGAGGAGAAAGACUCAACUGAAGAAGAAGAAAAUGGAGAAAAGAGCAGUGCCAAUGAGGAAGAAGACGAUGAUGAUUAAGUUAUUCCUUGACUCAUUAGAUAUUUCUUUAAGGUUCCACUUCUGAAUAAUAUUUUUUAUAUAGUUCUGCGAAUGUUAGAUUUAAAUGUGUUCGCUUAAGUUAUAAAUUAUCCAUAAAAGUUCUAUAGAAAUAUUUGAUACUCAAAUUAGUUUUAAGUUGUUUCAAAACAUUAGACUGAGACUAGUCGUCUUCAUUCCAGAUUUUUUUUGAUAUAAAACGGACUUCGAGAAUUUUGUACAUAUUUAUAAAUAUUUCAGUUU